AUGGGCCAAACCCUCUCGGAGCCCGUUGUCGAAAAGACUUCCGAAAAGGGCGAGGAUGACCGACUCCUCUACGGUGUGUCGGCCAUGCAAGGCUGGCGCAUCAGCAUGGAGGAUGCCCACACGGCUGAGCUGAAUCUAACCCCACCUGACAACGACAUCAAGACGCACCCCGACAGACUGUCCUUUUUCGGAGUCUUUGACGGACACGGAGGAGACAAGGUCGCGUUAUUCGCAGGCGAGAACAUUCACAAAAUUGUUUUUAAGCAAGAUAGUUUCAAAACCGGCGAUUAUGCUCAGGGCCUCAAGGACGGUUUCCUUGCUACGGAUCGGGCCAUUCUCAGCGAGGAAGUGGCGGGGAAUGACUUGCGCAAACGUUCCGCCACUCUCCUCGGCGCACAUUUUGCAAUUAUCCCUCACGAAGCCGGAUUUUGUGCUAACGAUGUGGUGUUUUCAUCAUCUACAGACCCCAAAUACGAGGAGGAAGUCUCCGGCUGCACUGCCUGCGUUUCUUUGAUUGCUGGAAACAAGCUAUAUGUCGCAAACGCUGGUGAUUCUCGAGGUGUGCUCGGUAUCAAGGGACGGGCUAAGCCCCUAUCCAACGACCACAAGCCUCAGCUUGAAACGGAGAAGAGCCGAAUCACAGCCGCUGGCGGCUUUGUCGACUUUGGUCGUGUCAACGGCAACCUGGCACUGUCGCGUGCCAUUGGCGACUUCGAGUUCAAGAAGAGCGCCGAGCUCUCUCCUGAAAACCAGAUCGUUACCGCCUUCCCCGAUGUCGAGGAGCAUGACCUCACAGAUGAGGAUGAGUUCCUGGUGAUUGCUUGUGAUGGUAUCUGGGACUGCCAAUCGUCUCAAGCCGUCGUCGAGUUUGUGCGACGAGGAAUUGCUGCCAAGCAAGACCUUGAUAAGAUCUGCGAAAACAUGAUGGACAACUGCCUGGCGUCAAACUCCGAGACGGGCGGUGUCGGCUGCGACAACAUGACCAUGGUCAUCAUCGGUUUCUUGCACGGCAAGACCAAGGAGCAGUGGUAUGACGAGAUUGCCAAGAGAGUGGCCAACGGAGACGGCCCUUGUGCCCCCCCGGAAUAUGCCGAGUUCCGCGGUCCCGGAGUCCAUCACAACUACGAAGAUAGCGACAGUGGUUACGACGUCGACGCCGAGAGCGGCGGCAAGUUCAACCUCGCCGGAUCCCGUGGUCGCAUCAUCUUCCUCGGCGACGGCACAGAGGUCCUGACCGGAUCUGACGAUACGGAGAUGUUUGAUAAUGCUGACGAGGACAAGGACCUUGCGAGCCAGGUGUCGAAGGGUUCCGCCAAGCCCGAUGCCAAGGAAGAGCCAGAGGCCAAGUCACAGUCAGAUUCUAAGCCUGCGGCCGAGUCGGACAAGAAGCAAGAUGAAAAGGCACCCGAGGAGAGUAAGAAGGAUUAG